AUGGAAAGCAAACCAAGCCAUCCCACCCCCUCAGCAAGGCCCGAAAACCAGAGCCGCUCAACCGACGAAGACGAUCCUGAGCAGCCGCCCACUUUCAUCGACCCCCGGGUGCACUUCGAUAAGACCACCUCGAAAUGGCAGUUCGAAGACGACGACGGAAGAGAAUACGAAUGGAUUGAAGCUAAACAGACGUGGGCUCCAAUCAUCGACGAGUCUUUGUGGGCCGCUCAACAGACUGCUUACAGAGUGGAUGGUGUAGAUGAAAAUAGUCCAGUCCCGUCAAACUCCAAGAAAGACAAGAAACAAAUCAAGCUCGAAAAGCAAUUGCAGAAGAAAAAUGUAUCCAACAACAAGCGAACGCGCGAUCCAGAUAAUGAAUCCAACUCCAACCCUCCACAGCGUAAUACUGCGGUCUACGUCUCGCGAUUACCACUAGACACCACACCUGAAGAAUUAAAAGAUUGUUUUUCAAGGGCUGGACUAAUCCUAGUAGAUGAAGAAAACCGACCGAAGAUCAAGCUAUACAAAGACGAUAAAACGGGCAUUUUUAACGGUUCCGCAUUGAUUGUAUUCCUCAAACCUGAAUCGGUCGAGCUAGCGAUUCGUUUGUUUGAUGAUACUUCUCUUAGGUUAGGCUCAGGACCGGAAGAGGAUAGAAUGCAGGUUUCUCGAGCAGAAUUUUCUCACAAGAAAGUGACGGACCCUCAACAAACUGGUUCGAAUAGUAAUCCUCAAUCAACAGACCAGCAACGGAAAAAGCGAGCCAAGAAAGUCGAAAAGUUGAAAUCAAAACUGGAAGAGUGGGACUCUGAUGAUGAUCAAGCCAACCCUCGCGCUCCACCACCUAGAUUCGCCAAGAUUGUCGUACUCAAACACAUGUUUACAUUGACCGAGCUUCAAGAGGACCCCACAUUGCUAAUAGAUCUCAAGGAGGAUGUACGCGAGGAAUGUGAGCUGCUGGGAGAAGUAACAAAUAUAACAUUGUAUGACAAAUCGGGUCCAGGGACAAACGUUUCGACUGCGGAUAAUAAACUCGACGAUGAUGUGGAGGAAAAGAAAAGACUAGAAGAAUUUGCUAAAUAUCUGGAAGAACAGUGA